UCGACUGUAUUACUGUGAUCUACUGGUUGGGUCUAAAACAGCAGCACAGUGAACACAACACAAGUUUAGCUAGCAGCUGCAUUUCAGAGGAUUCAGAAUCACCUGAGGCUGCCGGUCAUGGGCUUGACCAAGCAGUACCUGCGCUAUGUUUCCAGUGCAGUGUUUGGAGUAAUUGGAAGCCAAAAAGCCAACAUUGCAUAUGUGACCCUCCGAGGGGGAGAGAGAGGGCGCUACGUCGCUGUGGCUGCAUGUGAACAUGUAUUCAUCUGGGAUGCCCGAAAAGGAGAGAAGAUCCUGAUCCUGCAGGGCCAGAAACACGAGGUGACCUUCCUCUGCCCCUCGCCCGAUGGCGUCCACAUCGCCGUGGGUUACGAGGACGGUGCUGUGCGGAUCUUCAGCUUGCUGAAUGGCGAGAGCAACGUCUCCUUCAAUGGCCACAAAACUUCUGUCAGCGUCAUGCAAUAUGACACGCUCGGAGCCCGGCUCGUCACUGGUUCCAAGGACACAGAUGUGAUCGUGUGGGACAUCAUCAACGAGUGUGGGCUGUACAGGCUGAGAGGCCAUAAAGACGUCAUCACACAGGCCUUGUUCCUCAAAGACAAAAACCUCCUGGUCACGAGCUCCAAGGACAGUUUUGUGAAGUGGUGGGACCUGGACACACAGCACUGCUUCAAGACCAUGGUGGGCCAUCGCAGUGAGGUGUGGGGCAUGGUGCUGCUGAACCAGGAGAACAGGCUGUUAACAGGCUCAGCAGACAGUGAGCUCCGAGCCUGGGACAUCAACUACCUGCAGGAGGAGAAAGCUGAAGGUGAGCCCAAGGUAAAGAAGGGGAAAACUCUGCUGGACGAUGACGAUGAGGACAAUGAGGAAGGGGUGGAUGAUAGUCUUGAAGAGCGAAUCCUGAGUUGUAAGAAAGCCGGAUCAAUCCUAAGAGAGGCCCGAGACAGAGUUGUUUCUCUGGCAACAGACUCCAAGGCCAGAGUCAUUGCCUGUCACGGCAAUGAUUCAGUCCUGGAGCUCUUUACUGUGCUGUCAGAGGAGGAAGUGCAGAAGAAAAUGACAAAGAAAGUGAAGAAAGCCAAAAAGAAGGCAGCAAAGUCUCAGGAAGCAGAGCCGGUGGUGGAGAGGACGCUGAAGGAUGAAAUACUCAGACUGACCAACAUCAAGGCCUCGUCCAAGAUCAGGUGGGUGGACUGCCUGUCGUGUGCAGGUGGUGAGCUGAAAGUGGCGCUGCUGCUGCAGAACAACACCAUCGAGACCUACAGCCUGAGGACUACAGACAAGACCCCCAACGCCAAUAAGACGGCUCGCCUCACGCUCGGCGGGCACCGCACCGAUGUCCGCACACUGGCCUUCAGCUCGGACAACCUGGCCGUCCUUUCCGCCUCUGGGGACACAGUCAAAGUUUGGAACAGGUCAACUCUGCAGGUGAUUCGCACCAUGGCCUGUGAAUAUGCCCUCUGCUCCCUCUUUGUGCCUGGAGACAGGCAGAUCAUCCUGGGAACUAAGAGCGGGAAGCUGCAGAUCUUUGAGUUGGCCUCAGGAAGCCUACUGGAGACUGUAGAUGCCCAUAAUGGAGCGCUGUGGUCCCUGUGCCUGGCCCCAGACCAGAGGGGGAUUGUCACAGGAAGUGCAGAUAAGACGGUGAAGUUCUGGGAGUUUGAGCUGGUGAAGGACGAAGAGACCGGACAGAAGAGGCUCACAGUGAAACACACACGCACUCUGAAAUUGGAGGAAGACAUUUUGUGUGUGAAGUUUUCCCCUGACCACAGACUGCUGGCCGUGUCUUUGUUAGACUGCACUGUCAAGGUCUUCUACACAGACACACUUAAGUUCUUCUUGUCGCUGUAUGGACACAAGCUGCCUGUACUUUGUCUGGACAUCUCACAUGAUAACACACUUAUCGCCACUGGCUCCGCUGACAGAAACGUGAAGAUCUGGGGUUUGGAUUUCGGCGACUGUCACCGCUCCAUGUUUGCUCAUGACGACAGUGUCAUGUUCCUUCAGUUUGUCCCCAAGACUCAUCUGUUCUUCACAGCAGGGAAGGACAAGAAGAUCAAACAGUGGGACGCCGAUAAGUUUGAGCACAUCCAGACGCUAGAGGGCCAUCAUCGGGAGGUUUGGUGUCUGACCAUCAGCCCAAGCGGUGACCACAUUGUGUCGUCAUCCCACGACAAAUCCCUGCGACUGUGGGAGAGGACCAGGGAGCCCAUCAUCCUGGAUGAGGAACGGGAGAUGGAAAGAGAAGCAGAGUUUGAGGAGAGCAUGGCCAAAGGAGAUAUGCCAGUGGUACCCGGAGAGACUGAAGGAGAGGCAGCACCAGCCAGCAAGAAGACUGUUGAGACAGUCAAAGCUGCGGAGCGAAUCAUGGAGGCUUUGGAGCUUUACAAAGAGGAAAACAGGAAGAUGGAAGUGUAUAAGUAUGCUUGUCAGACAGCAGGCAACGAGGUUCCUCCACCGAGACCCAAUCCUAUCCUCGUGGCGUUUGGAAAUGUUUCACCGUCUCGCUACGUAUUAGACGUUGUGAAGAAGGUCAGAUCGAGUGAGCUGGAGGUUUCUCUGCUGGUGUUACCAUUUCCUUACAUCCCUGAGCUGCUGACGCUGUUCAACGGUUACAUCAAGCAGGGCCUCGAGGUGGAGCUGGUCUGCCGCUGCCUAUUCUUUCUUCUCAAGAUCCAUUUUGGUCAGAUCUCCAGUAACCAGAUGCUGCUGUCUGUCAUAGACGAGCUACGGACCAAUACUGUCUCCAAAGUGCGCGAGAUCAGAGACGUGAUGGGCUUUAACAGCGCUGCGCUCCAGUUCCUCCAGCGGGAAAUCGAGAGCAAAGAGGAUGUGAUGUUCUUUGCUGAUGCCACAGGCCAACUGGCGGAGAAGAAGAAGAAGAGGAGGAAGAGGGAGCGAGCCAUCCUGACUAUAGCUUGAAUCAUAAUGGACAUUUUUGACUGUUUGUGUACAAACAUCCACUCCCAGCUGUAUUACAGGGGUAGACCAGGGGGCUUACAAUGUUUUUUUUCUAUGUUAUAAAAUUCUGAUAGGAAGUUAACAAUGUUAUUCAGUGUCACGCUUCAUUUCCCAAAUAAACAGUCUGACUUUUUCUCACA